AUGAAACCUAAGCCCACACAAGUGAAGGCAAGAUACUUAGAACAGAAGCCGCCUACAGAGAAGCUGCCCCCAAUCCAGACGCCUCAGAAGGGGUGCCAACUGGAGGAGGCAGUAAAAUAUGAGCUGACCAGCAAGCAGUCACGCGAACUCAAGCUGUUCCAGGCAGGGGACAUGCAGGGCAAGCUGAAUACCCUUAUUAUGGAGAUAAUGGAGUUCAUAACAGAGGUGGGCCGACAACUGCAGGGUGACAAGGGUGAUGAAGAGGGUAACAAAAUUCAGGCAAUGAAAGCGUUCACGUUCGAGCAGCAGCAAAAGAAGCUAAAGGAGACAAAGGACGCAAAAGAGGAGGAAUGGGGGCACAAGAAAAGUCAAGUGUUCAUUUGUGGGCAGACAGCAGUUACCAAACGGAGAGAGGCGUUCGAGACAUUGUACAGCUCCCUUAAUCUUCAUGUAGGCCUUACUCUUUUGAGAGAGAAUUAUUUUAUAAAUAAUUGUCUCGCAUAA